AUGGCCGCGGUAGACGACAUCAUCGGCUCCAGUGCGGGGAGGUGGUCCCUCCACGGCAGGACGGCGCUCGUCACCGGCGGCACCCGCGGCAUCGGGCGCUCGGUGGUGGAGGAGCUGGCGGCGCUCGGGGCCGCCGUGCACACGUGCUCCCGGAAGGAAGCCGAGCUCGGCGAGCGCUUGAAGGAGUGGGAGGCCAGGGGAUUCCGCGUCACGGGCUCCGUCUGCGACGUCUCCGUGCGCGACCAGCGCGAGCUCCUGCUCCACGACGUCGCCGGCCGCUUCGCCGGCAAGCUGGACAUCCUCAUAAACAACGUGGGCACAAACCAUAGAAAACCAACCACUGAAUACUCGGCAGAUGAAUAUUCGUUCAUAAUGGCCACUAAUCUUGAAUCUGCAUAUCAUCUAUGUCAACUUGCACACCCUCUUCUCAAAGCAUCCGGGGUGGCCAGCAUUGUCUUCAUAUCAUCAGUCUCUGGAGUGGUAGCCAUAUCUAGUGGCUCCAUUUAUGCCAUGACAAAAGGUGCGAUGAAUCAGUUGGCCAAGAACCUAGCGUGUGAGUGGGCGAAAGACAACAUAAGAAUCAACUCUGUUGCUCCAUGGUACAUCAAGACUUCACUCGUGGAAGAGGAUUUGGCGAAAGAAGAUUUCGUGGAUAGCAUCGCCCGUCGAACUCCGAUGAGGCGUGUGGGAGAACCUGAAGAAGUAUCAUCGCUGGUGGCGUUUCUCUGUAUGCCCGGUUCAUCUUAUAUCACUGGCCAGACGAUCUCGGUUGAUGGCGGCAUGACUAUAAAUGGCAUGUACCCGACUGAGAACUAG